AUGAGAAAGUUUUUUACCACCAUUACUGAAACUGAAUUAGCCCAGUUAAAACAAGCCCGAUUUGAAAAAAACGACCAAGUAUAUCACCGAAAUAAUUUAAUCCUUGACUUCUUACUCUAUACGGGUUUAAGAGUAAGUGAAUUAGUCAAUCUCAAACACCGAGAUUGGCAAGAACAAAGUUUAAAAAUUCACGGCAAAGGGAAUAAAAUUCGGCAAGUUCUUUUACCCCCCUUUUUAGAGCAAUAUUUUAAACCUGGUGCUAAGGGAUAUUUAUUCACCAAUCAAAACGGAAGAAAACUCUUAACUGAUAAAGUCAGGGAAAUAAUAAGAACCCGAACUAAAUUGGCUGGUUUAAGAAAAUGGGUUAGCCCUCACACUUUUAGAAGAAGUUUUGCCACCCUUUUAGACAAAAGAAAAGUCCGAAUGACUACUAUCCAAAAACUUUUAGGACACUCCAAUUUAGAAACCACAGCCCAAUAUAUUCAUAAUGAUUUUGAAAGCAUUUAUGAGGAUUAUACCAAGGGCUAUUUUCAGCAAAAUUAUUUACAACGAAAAGGAGUUGUAAAAACUUCCGAGGUUGUAAAAAAAGAAAAUGAAAUGGUUGUAAAAAGUGAGAGUUUACCACCAAAAGAAAUUUUACCACUUAAUUUACAACCAGCCAGCAUAGUUGUAAACGAUAUUUUACAACCACUACCACCCUGCCAAAUUUGUCCUAAUAUGAAUGCCAACUAUGGCACUAAUAAAACUUAUUGCCUAAAUUGUGAUUUAAAAACUAAUCAGCAGGAAAUAACUCCUUUUGGUUUAGUUCAGCAAUUACAAGAGAAAGUAAAAGAACAACAGGAAACCAUUAACCGUUUAAAGGAUAAAUUACGAGAAAAAGACAGUGAAAAUAAAUCUCUAAUAGAAAACAUUACUAAAUUAAAAAAACCAAUCCAAAAUCAAACCAAUUUUCUAUCCAUGCCUAAUUUAUAUGCUCUAAUUAACAAACAUAAAAACUACCAAACUAUUCAGCAUCUUUAUAGCCAGCAGGAAAUCAAAGAAAGAGAGUUUUUAAAGAGUUUAUUGGAUAAAUUAUGGUCUUUUGCUGCCUGCCAAAAAUACCUGCCCUGCUUAACCACUAAUCAAUAUUGCUGUCAUUGUAUCAAAACUGACCGAACUAUCCAGCAAAGACCCUGUGGCUACUGUCAAAAUCAACCUCUCGGACAGGAAACCCAAAUCGACCAGUCUCGAAUUAGCCACUACAACUAUCAAGAUUAUAAAGCCCGAUUACGGCAAGAAAAAGACUUAAUUUAUCAACCCGGUCAAGGUUAUUCCCAG